GUGUGUGGCAUUUCUGAGGAAACCUCCCAGCCUCAGUUUAAAUGUAUUAUAGUCAACAACACACUGGCCGUCCACAAAGACUCACUGUGUUUGUGUGUGUGUGUGUGUGUGCGUGCGUGUGUGUGUGUGUGUGAGUGUGUAUGUUUCUCCAGCACUUUCACUUUCUAUUCGUCAGAAACACCACUGCCUGCACUUCUGCUCUCGUUCUUCCUGCAGCUGCUGCUUCAACACAGGACUCACGAUGAGCAGCAGCUCUUCAUUUGGAUCAGCUACUCCAAGUCAACCCACCAGCGGCUCUUCAUUUGGAUCAGCUACUGCAGCAAAACCCGUCAGCGGCUCUCUAUUUGGAUCAGCUACUCCAAGUCAACCCACCAGCAGCUCUUCAUUUGGAUCAGCUACUCCAAGUCAACCCACCAGCGACUCUCUAUUUGGAUCAGCCACUGCAGCAAAACCCGUCAGCGGCUCUCUAUUUGGAAUAGCUACUCCAUCUCAACCCACCAGCGGCUCUCUAUUUGGAUCAGCUACUGCAGCAAAACGCACCAGUAGCUCUUCAUUUGGAUCAGCUGCUCUAGCUCAACACACCAGCGGCUCUCUAGUUGGAUCAACUACUCCAUCUCAAUUCACCAGCGGCUUUUCAUUUGGAUCAUCUACUGCAGCUAAACCCACCCACAGGUUUUCAGUUAGAACAGCUACUCCAGCUAAACCCAAGAGCAGCUCUCUAUUUGGAUCAUCUACUGCAGCUAAACCCACCAGCAGCUUUUCAUUUGGAUCACCUACUCUAGAUCAACCCACCAUUAACUUUUCAUUUGGAUCACCUACUCUAGAUCAACCCACCAUUAGCUUUUCAUUUGGAUCACCUACUGCAGCUCAACCCACCACCAGCUCACCAGCGACGGCCUUAGAAGCUCUGAGCAGAUGUACAGCUCCAACGAGCACAACGUGCAAAGUAAAAGCACAGACUUUUAAGUUUCCAGCAGUGAACCAGAACGGUGAAUUGAAAGACACAGAUUCAAAAGAAGUCUUUGGAUUUCCAAAAGUUAUACCCCUGGGUCCUCGCCCGGUCAACGCAGCAGUUAAACCCCCUUCGUGGAGGAAUGUGCAGUGGACAGAAGAGCGAAGGAGCAGCCUGAUGGAGGCCGUCGGCUCCUACACACCGGGCAGGGAGGAGGUGACUCAAGCCAGGGUUCUCCUCCUGGGCCCCGUCGGGUCCGGAAAGUCCAGCUUCAUCAGUUCAGUCCAUUCGGUGUUCAACGGACGAGUCACCAACCGGGCCAUGGUGGGCGCCUCCUCCACCAGCUUCACCAAAAAGCUGCAGUCGUUCACCAUCUGUGGUCAGAAGAAUAAGGUUUCGACCAAACUGGUGCUGUGUGAUUCUAUGGGUCUGGGGGACGGAGAGAUGACCGGACUGACCCUCCACGACAUCCUGUCCGUCAUCAAAGGUCACGUGCCUGAGGGACACAAGUUCUGCCCGGACCAGGCAGUGAGAUCAGAGACUGGAAACUACGUGAAGUGGCCGAGCCUCAAAGACAAGAUCCACUGUGUGGCCUUUGUGCUGGACGCCUCUAAAAUCACAACGUACCCCAAAGGCCUCCGAGCCUCGUUCCAGCAGCUCAGGGAGCACAUCAGUGACAUGGGUAUCCACCAGGUGGCUCUGCUGACCCAUGUGGAUGAAAUCUGUGCAAGAACAGCCGCAGACGUCUCAAUGGUUUACGCCAGCGAAGCAGUAAAACAGACGAUGAGUAAAGCUGCAGACCUGAUGGGUAUGUCCACCUCCUACAUCGUCCCCGUGAAGAACUACUCGUCAGAGCUGGACCUGGACGUGAACACCGACGUGCUGCUGCUCAGCGCCGUCGAGCACAUCCUGCAGUACGUGGAUCUGUUCUUCCAGGACAACACAACGCAAGAAACGGAGUCAGAGAAGGCUUAGCUCACAUUAUAAUCCCAGCUUCAAUGUCGUCGAUUUUUUUAAUGUGGGGAUUUGAGCAACCUUAUAAGAAAGUUGUUAAUGUUUUUCUAACUUUUUUUUUUACCAAAUUUUAACAGAAAAAUGUAUUAUUCAGAAUCAGAAGUGUGUGAUAUUUUAUUGUCACCUGCAAAUACAGUGUUCUCCACUGUCAUAUUAGUUGUUAAAAAACUUGCUUCACUCACCAAUUUGUUUUGUGUACUUAUUUCUUUCAUGUUAUUCUAAUCCAUCCAAUACAAUUAAUCAUAUCUUUGGACUGUAAUAAUUUAUAAGUUCAUUCAUAAAAUAUAAGAUUCUGGUCAUAAAAACAUGAAAUAUCAAAAGCAUCAUGGUUUGACUGAUUGAGAUUGUAGGUGUGAUUGGACUCCUCUCCAGCUGUCGAGCUCUUUAUACAACAGUGAAGUAAAGUCACAAUAAAUAACCAUAUGUUCACGUUUGACUGUGGUAAAUCUACAAGUGGUCACUUAUAUAAUUUGAAUUUGUCAAAUUGUGAAUAUUUAAAAAUGAAAAGGGAAAAUGUGAAUAUUCCAGAAACUCAGAAUUUGUUUAUUCUUGAAAGAACCAGGUUUAUGUACCACCUUUACAUAGACUGGUGAUAAUAUUAUUGUCAUCAUUAUUAUUAACCACUUGUUAACUGUUAACAUUAAUAACAUAAUUGUGUAUCCUAUCACCAGUCGGACAGAGCGAUUACACAACUGUUACUGGUCUCCCUCGUCCACGUUUCUCCAUUACAGAGCUAGAAGAUGUUCAACGGAAUCUGAUUUCAUUAGAACUGAGAAAUUGCAUUUAUUGUUAUAUCACACGUUAUAAAGUACAUCAAUAAAAUCUCAAAGUGCAUCAAUGAA